UAACUUUUUAAAAAUGGUAAUCAUGACAUAGCUUGAAGGGGAGCCCUAACCGGUGAAGUUGCUAAUAAUAUUUGAUCAGGUGGUGGUAAGUUGAAGUUAUGUAAACUUAAAAUAAGCUUUGUAGAAAUGCAAAAAUCAUACAAUAAAUGUUUGUGGAUGCCUUUUAUUUUUCUAAACCCACAAUUUAAAUGAAUAACGAAAACUUUAAUAUAUUCGGCUGGCCUGUUUAGUUGACCUUACCCUGCGAGUAAACGAUAAUAUUCGGGGAUUAUUAUAAAAAUCCGCUAUUCUUGGUGAGCAUAAAUUCAUUUGUGAAAUGAUAAAGGAAGAAUAAUAAGUGAAACAUAAAAAUCAAUUAUUCUGUCAAAUUCCUAUGUUCUCAGUACAAUUGUAAUGGAAGAAGGUACAACAAUUAUGCAGCAGGUACAAAUCAGUGAAGCAGUGUUGGAAAAGCAUGAUUACUCUGUUUGGGCUCUGCCACCUGAACAUGUGAGAGUUCGGGUCAAGAAGUUGAUGGAGGGUCUCCGAUCGGAGUCUGGUGGGCCCCAUUUUGAACCUCACGUGACCGUCAUCGGAGCUAUUCGGUUGACGGAGGCUCAGGCACGUGACCUGUUCAAAAUAGCUUGUCAGAAACUGAAGCCUUAUAGUGCUAAAGUGGAGAAAAUUGAUGCAGGCACUUUCUAUUAUCAGUGUGUUUAUCUUUUGCUCAAACCAACCACUGAGGUUGUGGAGGCAAGUGAUCUCUGCUGCAGUCAGUUUGGUUAUAACAGAUCAGGAUCAUAUAUGCCGCAUCUGAGCCUUAUUUACGGGGACUUAACUGAUGAAGAAAAGAAGAAAGCUCAAGAAAAGGCUCAUAUCCUCGACGAGGGCAUUUCUAGCUUGAGCUUCCCGAUAUCUCAUCUUGCAUUGUGUAAAACAGACACUGAAGACAAGAGCUGCAAAUCAUGGGUGACAGUGGAGGAGUGCUCUCUUCAGCCCUAACUAGCAUGCUGUAAGCUAGCUAAUAACUUGUUGGUCAUCAACCAAAACUUGAUCUUGUUUACAUUUACCACUAUAGCUACAAGGUUGGUUGAACUUUACAGGACUUGCAUGUAUUACUCUUUUAUGAUGUGCCAUAAAUAAGAACUUACUUUGAACUUCCCUUUC